AGGUAAAUUCUACUGAACCGGUUACCAGUCGCAUACUUCUUUGGAAGCCAGACAGUACGUUAGAAAGCAGUCCGGUGUACGGUACAAAAAAGUCUUUGUUACAAAAGAGAAGAUAUCUAAAACUUGACCAUGCCAGUUCCAGCACUUCAAAAACCUGCUCCCGCUUUUAAAGGCACUGCUGUUGUAAAUGGAGAAUUUAAAGAAAUUUCUCUUAGUGAUUAUAAGGGAAAAUAUGUUAUAUUAUUCUUCUAUCCAUUAGAUUUUACAUUUGUUUGUCCAACUGAAAUCAUCGCCUUUUCUGAUCGAGCUCACGAAUUUGAGCAAAUUGGUUGCAAACUUGUUGCAGCAUCUACUGAUUCUCAUUUUAGUCACUUAGCAUGGGUAAAUACACCACGAAAACAAGGUGGUCUUGGUGAAAUGAACAUUCCCCUUCUUGCUGAUAAAAGCACUAAGAUUGCACGCGAUUAUGGUGUACUUGAUGAAGAAAGUGGAAUUCCAUUCCGUGGUCUCUUUAUUAUAGAUGAUAAACAAAAUCUACGUCAAAUUACUAUUAAUGAUUUACCAGUUGGCAGAUCUGUUGAUGAGACUUUACGUUUGGUUCAAGCAUUCCAAUAUACUGAUAAACAUGGAGAAGUCUGUCCAGCUGGUUGGAAACCAGGAAAGAAAACUAUGAAGCCUGAUGUGGUUGCCUCUAAAGAAUACUUUAAAGAUUCAUAAAUCAAACAAAUAAAAGAAACGUAUUUUAU